AAACCAUAAUAGUCACAGAUAUCCCCUCUCAACAUUAAAGGUUCUGAUGUUCUCGUGAGAACACUGACACAUUCAUGUUUCCUAUCAUAGCUCAGCUGACACCCACUCAAAGGUACUUAAUGUGUAGCGAGUCAAGAAAGUUCUCCUUCUUCAUUUGGAGUUUCACAAAGACGGUCAAACAAAAGUGUUAAAUCAUCUGAGCUAAAACACUCCUAAAAACCUCUUUUUUAACAGAUAUUUCCUGUGUUUGGGUGCUGUGAGCGUCCUGGACAGUUACCCCUUCUCUGCCAAAGUGACUCAAGCCUCAGCAGCCUUUCAGAAUCAAGUCAAAUCUUUGUAUCAUGCCCUCAGUUGAUGGGUGUGGAAGAGAGAAAUGAGGAUGUUGCCCCCUAUGAGGACUCAGUCGACUAUCAGCCACGCACAUCAAAGGAGAAGCAUUCAAAGCAGCAGUUUGGAAGCGGGGUUAUCCUCUGAGAAAGCCCUCAAACUCCCGUGCAGGUGGCAGGCUCUGUUUGUGAAGGAAACCUCAAGCGUCUGGCAUCGUAACUGUAAGAGGCACCAACAGGUGUGCGAAGCUCCCAACGUCACAUGAAAGCGCUGACUUUUAAGGUUCCUGCAGAUUUACAGAGCUGCAUAUCCCCCCUCCCACCGUCUCCAAGCAGCUCCCCCGGGCAUCUUUCGGCCAUGCCGCGCUCUUUCCUCGUCAAGACCAAAAGGACUCAUCUGCUGGGCCUGCCUAAGGACUGCUUCAAAAAGAAGCCCCCAUCUGAAAGGGAGGCUGGGAAGCAUGCGAUGGGCCCGGAGGGCAGGCAUCACGGACAGGCUGGGCAGACUUUACCCCCUCUGUGGGGGGUCAGGGAGCUCCUGGCUGCACCCUGCUUGACAUAUUGGGCCCCGCCUUCAUCUCUUGAAAAAAGAGAGGCGCUGGAUGCACAGUGGAGGUCAGACAGACACGGAUCCGACAGAGAGCGGGAGCUGGAGAGGCUGGUCUUCCUGCUACUCAACCACACGUCCCACACUGACCUGAAGGCCCCGGUCAGAGAGUGUCCACUCUGUGAGAAGUCUCUUUCAGGAGGUGCUCUGCAGCAGGACCUGUGCAGCAGCCUCUCUGUCCCGUUGACCCGAUCGCUCUCCACUGCAGAUGUGACUCAUUUGCCCUUUGGCUUUGGAGCACUAACCAGCUGUGGGAAGACUAAGGAGCGCAGCUUUGGCUGCAAGGUGUGCGGGAAGGUGUUCAAGCGCUCGUCCACCCUGUCCACCCACCUCCUCAUCCACUCGGACACCAGACCCUACCCCUGCCAGUACUGCGGCAAACGCUUUCACCAGAAGUCAGACAUGAAGAAGCACACCUUCAUCCACACAGGUGAGAAACCGCACGUGUGCAAGGUGUGCGGUAAAGGCUUCAGUCAGAGCUCCAACCUCAUCACCCACAGCAGAAAGCACAGCAGCUACAGGCCGUUCAGCUGCUCGCGCUGCCAGCACAGCUUCCAGCGCAGGAUUGAACUGCAGCGCCACCAAGAGACACAGUGUGGUUAUGGAGACGCGUACCCACAAAGUUCAUGAGUGCUGCAGGAAGAACCCACAUCUGUACAUAACUCUAAGAUAUGCAUGUAAACUGAAUGAUACGCUUCAAUGCAUAUAGAAAGAAAUGCACAUUUACCAAAAUAAAGCUAGUC